ACAAAAACCACCUCUCCACCCUCUUUCAUCUAUCAUGCUCGACCAACCAAGCAAAAGGAGGAAGGAAAGAGCUUUGCAACCCAUCCCCAUAGCUGAAAAUUCGAGCUCAACCUAAGGGAGUCCAAGGAGGAAGAUAAAAGAAGGAAAAAGUUGGGAAAAGUGUGAUUAAUUAAGGCACUUGUAAAGGGUAUUUCAAGUGAUUUCACAAAGUUGGAAAAGUCGCCGGAAUUAUCGCCGGAGUUGACCAAAAGUCGCCGGAGUUUCACCGGAGUUCAACCAAGAAGGGUAGAACUUCAUAACACUAGUUCAAGGUUGAAGCUAGGGCUUGCUACCUGCACCUUUCUACGGGUGACAUCAAUCAAGGAAGACGUGAAAUGGAGGGCAGGCGAAUGCGGACCAGGAACAAUCCGAGGGGGCAGGCGCCGGUAACAUCCCAAAGGGGAAGCCGGGCUGCAUCUCGGGGUUCAAGAGGAGGCCGUGGAGGCCGUGGAAGCCGUGGAGGUCAUCAAGCUCAAACUGUGAGUGAUGGCCAUGUAAGCUCGGUGUAUGAAACCAACACCGAGGACUAUGACUCUACGUAUGUUCCUGAGACAGAGCAUGAGGAGACCCCAUAUGAUGGGGGUGACACAUACACCGAUGAGGACAAUGAUGAAAGUGAUGCCCGCUUCGCCCAAAUGGGUGAAUUACUUGAGUGGUAUCAAAAGGAGAAACAGAGGAGAGACCUUAGGCGCCAAGCGAGGCGUGGCUCUCGUGGUGGUUCGGGUCAAGGGAGCCGGGGAGCUUCCGUGGCCACCCCAGCGGCGUCACAAGGGGGGCGUGAAGGAGGUUUUGUUGUGAGAAUCUCCAAGUACCUCAAGGAGGCUAGGGCCUUGGGGUGUAGGUCCUUUGACGGCACCGGUGACAUUACCGUUGCCGCCGAUUGGAUUAAGAAGGUGAAGGAUGCAUCAAGAGACAUGCAAAUCACACCGGACGUAAAGUUGACUGUCGCUUCACGGCUACUUGAAGGGAUAGCCUCUACGUGGUGGGAGAGUGUGGAAGGGAAGUACCAUGGGGAAAUAACAUGGGCGGACUUUGAGCUAGAGUUCUAUGCUCAAUACUACUCCGAGUACGAGGUGAAUGUGAAACGGAGAGAGUACACUAACCUCAAACAGAAAGAUGGCGGCACGGUUAAGC